UCAUCUUCCUCUCCCUCCUCAUUGCCCUCCUACUCCUCUCCCUCCUCAUUCCCCUCAUCCUCCGUAUCUUCUUCUUCAUCAUCUCCGGAGCUGCGUCUGGUGCUGCUUGGGCGAUCUGGAGCAGGGAAGAGUGCAGCUGGUAACAUCAUACUGGGGCAGGAGGAGUUUGAGUCACGCCCGGACAGCCUCACUGCGAUCACUCAGGAAUGUGAGAAAAAAAAAGCACUGGUUGACGGAAGACGGGUGGCGGUGGUGGAUACCCCAGACUGGUUCAGUUCAGAACAAACUCCAGAUGAGGUGCGAGCUCAGAUCUCCUCCUGUGUUGCUUUAACCAGUCCCGGUCCACACGCCUUCCUCCUGUGCGUCCCCUUAGACCAGCCUGCAAAGACCGAGCUGCACGCUCUCGGGGUCCUCGAGGCAGUUUUUGGCCCAGAAGCGGUCCAGAGACACACUGUGCUCCUCUUUACUUAUGCAGAUAAACUGAAAAAGAGCGGGAAGGCAGGAAAUGACAGUGUGGAGGCAUACAUUGCUGGUCAGCGGGGGGAUUUGGUAAAGCUUGUGGAGAAAUGUGGUGACAGGUUUCAUGUGAUGGAGACGGAAGGAGGAGGAAGGGACAGAAGAAAUGUGGCACGGCUGCUAGAGAAGGUGGAGCAGACAGUGAAGGAAAGUGGAGGACAGUGCUAUUCCCAUCCUGCUUUUCAGGAGGCGGAGAAACGAGUGAGGCAGAGACAGUUGGAGAUAGCAAGGGAGAGACGGGGGGGGGAACUAGAGCAAGAAAGACUGGGCGACGUUAGACAGCUCAGCUCUGAAAGGCGGGUACUUUAUCCCUACAUGCAGCCUGUGGCUGAGGCAGAAGAGGAAGUGACAGAGGAUGAGAUUGAGAAAACAAGGGAUGAGGCAGAGAUGAGUGUAAGUACAAUGAAUAUUGACAGCCUUCCUCCCAUUACGCAUUCCACCAUGUCCCCUUCACUUCUCCGUUCCAUUAUGGAGAAAAUGGAGUCAAGUGCAAAGAUGUUACCUCAACUCCUGGCAGAUGGCUCUGUGUGGGUCGGUGAGGGAGCAACGAAGGUGAAAGGUAGUCCGGUGUGGGAGACAGUCGGCAGCAAGGCACAAAAUGUCCAGAAGAUGGUGGUUGAUAGUUCUGUAUGGGAGAAGGUUGGAGCUAAUGUUGGACAUGUGUCCAAACUAGUAGGAGAUAGAGUUCCCAAGGUAAUGGUGGAUGGUUCUGCAUGGGUGGGAUCCGGAGCAAAGUCAGCAGCAGCUAGUCCUAUGUGGGAAAAAGUAGGAUCUGGGGCCAAAACUGGAGCUAAGCUGAUUGCUGACGGCUCUGUGCAAAUUGGAGCUGGAAUUUUUACCGGUGCAAAGAUGGUGGUGCAAAGUCCUGUGUGGGGGAAGGUUGGCUCUGGGGCCAAAGCAGGGGCAAAAAUAGUGGCGGAGAGCUCGGUGUGGGAGAAAAUCGGGACUACUGCUAAACAGGUGCCCAUGGUAGUCAUAGUGGGCACAUUGCUGGGUCUGGUGCUCGGUGUGAUUUUAGGGGGUGUGAUUGGCGGAGCUGUGGGGGCAGCUGCUGGAUCUGUGGUAACUGAGGUGGGCAGACGGAAAAUCGGCAACAAAAACACGUUAGAAAAGACAGAUAAAGCUGCAAAAAAUGUGGAGAGAACAGUGAACGACAGCAUAGACUCUCUGGUAAAACAAGGAGAGAAAGUAUUCAAAACUGAAUGAAAGGCUGAAAAGAUCAUGCAUAUAAAAUGUAUAACAAAUGCAAAAACAUUUAGUUGUGAAUAAGUGACAUAAGAGUGUAUAAUUAAACAGUGGCAAAUAUGUAUUUUAAAUUUAUCGCACCAGACAAUCUUUAAAACACAGACACUUUUCUAUUAGUGUUUCUUUGUUUGUUUGCUUCUGUCACAUUGUAUGAAGUUUUUUUAUGUUUUUUAAAAGGGUGAAUAUCACUCACAC